AUGUCCCCCGCCGUCCAGGUCCCCACUCCCUCCGGGUCCCGGGACCGCCCCGAGAUCCCCGGCGCCGGAGACUUUGAUCUCCCCAAGCUCCGCCUCGAGAUCCGCGACCUCUCUCAUCCGGGCUCCUCUGCCUUCCUCGGUGCCGUCAACGCUGCCGACUACCUUGCCCGUGCUGCCCAGCGCGUCCUCGCACUGCUCUAUGAGUCGCCCACGUGCCCCACAACGACACUCCCAUCUACGCGGUCCGUCACUCUUAUCCUCCGUGACAUGGGCGGUGUUGCCUAUACCACCGGUACCGACCUCGAUGACGACCACAAGGAGAUUCACUUCUCCCUCAACUACAUCAAACAAAUCAGCCCAACUUCCCGCCGCACUGAUGAGAUCGACGGUGUGUUGACUCAUGAGUUGGUUCACUGUCUACAAUAUCACGGCCAUGGGACGUGUCCUGGUGGACUGAUCGAAGGCAUUGCCGACUGGGUACGACUCCGUUGCCAUCUUAACCCUCCCCAUUGGAAGCACAAUGCCGAUGGCAAGUGGGACGCUGGCUAUCAGCAAACGGCCUACUUCCUCGAGUACAUUGAGCACCGCUUUGGACAUGGGACAAUCCGCCGCAUGAAUGAGAAGCUCAGGAUUCAGACGUACGAGGAAAAGAAGUUUUGGACUGAGCUGGUCGGACGACCAGUCGAGCAGCUUUGGGACGACUACAAGGAGAAGAUGAAGUCUUGCUAG